AGCCACGCCUCCUUUGGGUCCUUAGCACACGGUUUUGUUUACUACCACGUCACCAGGAAAUACAUCCCGAAGUCUCAAAAUGCAGAGACAGGACUCCCAAGAUGCUCCUCUUUUUGGUGAAGACGACGGUAACAUGCGGGUUCGAAAGUCCAACAUUAGACAUCCGCUGGUCUCUUUCUUCCAUCUCUUCUUCCGAACAAGUGCCAUCUUAGUCUACUUACUGUGCGACCUCUUCAGCAGCCGUUUCAUUGCCUGUAUGGUCACCAUCAUCCUUUUGCUGUCGUGUGACUUCUGGACCGUGAAGAAUGUAUCUGGCAGAUUGUUGGUGGGCCUUCGUUGGUGGAAUCAAGUGGAUGAAGAUGGAAAGAGCCACUGGGUUUUUGAGUCGAGGAAGACACACAGUCUGAACAAGACGUCCAGUGCUGAGUCACGGAUCUUCUGGCUCGGACUCGUCGUGUGCCCCAUCUUCUGGGUCGUUUUCGUGUUCAGCACCAUCUUCUCUUUCAAGAUUAAAUGGCUGGCUGUAGUCAUUAUGGGCUUAGUCUUACAAGGGGCCAACUUGUAUGGCUAUGUCAGAUGCAAGGUGGGCGGACAGUCCAACCUGGGAAACAUGGCAAAGAACUAUCUUGGUGCCCAGAUUUUUAAACAGGCAAUGAAGAGGACAGAGAGACCUUGAAGAUGACGAGUGACGACCCAUCCGCAGUGUGAUGGACGCAUUGUAUUUACUUGAUUCCCGUUGGUCUUUUCUGAGGGUGUAUAGGUUUUUGUAAUUUCACAAGUUUUUGAUAAAUGGUUUUGUAUGUGUUGUUUCCUCCAAAUUCAUUGACUGACGAAUUCAGGAAAAAUUGCCAAAAACUUUUCUAAUAAUUCAAAUAAAAUUCAAUAGAUUUUGCUUUUCAGAAUACCUUUUUAUACAGUAGCUUUGGCAUUGCAUCAGUUCAGAGUUCAGGAGAGUUAUUUUUUACUGAUGAAAGGUAAUUGUAAAAUUGAAUAACUACCCAAACCCUUGUUGAUGAGCUGAGUUUACCACAAUACUGGCACAGACCCUAAUAGGAUUUGUUUACCUUAAAGCCGAAGUUCAGAAGAUAAAAUAAAUUAAAAAAGGUAUUCCUGAUAGGAUUUGGAUCAAAGCAAUGCCCUAAAUUCAAGGCAGUUUUGUUUUUUUGACAGAAUUUCUUAAUGUAUUGUCUACUGUUGUGAAGAGGGCUUUUGGGGAUAAUACAUAUAGAUAGAUUUGUUACAUUAUUUAGGUAAAUAUUUAAACCUGGAUUGUGGACCUUAAAGUUUUAAUACUGAUUCAUGUUGUUUUAAUCCAAUUAAUUUUUUUGUAACGUAGAGUGGGGAUAAGUUUGUAAAGUUUGAAAUGUUUUUAAAUAAUUGCUACUUGGGUUUAAUUCUAUAAACUAACUGGUCAUG